UCUGGGUAUCUACUCUCCGUGAUUCGAGCUGUCCGAAAAUUCAAGUCAUUUGAUAUCAUCUUGUAUGUCAAAUUGAACUGUAUUUGUAUUAAAUAAGUUGAAGACAAUGGAAGAAAUUGGAAUUAUUUUACCUGAUAAAGAAGUUACUGAGAUUGAUUCCAAACCAGUAAUUGGUCAUUAUACAGGAGCCGGAGAUGAAUUAGAUGUUGAAGAUUUAUAUACCAAGUAUAAGAAAUUGCAAAGGAUGUUAGAGUUUUUGGAGGUGCAAGAGGAAUAUAUUAAAGAUGAACAAAGAAAUUUGAAGAAAGAAUAUUUACAUGCUCAAGAAGAAGUCAAACGUAUACAAAGUGUACCAUUGGUCAUAGGACAAUUUUUAGAAGCUGUAGAUCAAAACACUGGAAUAGUUGGAUCUACAACAGGCUCUAAUUAUUAUGUUAGAAUUUUGUCUACGAUAGAUAGAGAACUAUUGAAGCCUUCUGCGAGUGUUGCACUUCAUAAGCAUAGUAAUGCUUUAGUUGAUGUUCUUCCACCAGAAGCUGAUUCAAGUAUCUCGAUGCUUCAAGCAGACGAGAAACCAGACAUUCAAUACAGCGAUAUAGGUGGAAUGGAUAUGCAAAAGCAAGAAAUUAGAGAAGCUGUGGAAUUACCACUGACACAUUUUGAACUGUAUAAACAGAUUGGUAUCGAUCCACCUAGAGGUGUGUUGAUGUAUGGUCCACCAGGAUGUGGAAAAACUAUGCUCGCUAAAGCUGUUGCAAGACAUACUACAGCUGCUUUUAUACGCGUGGUUGGUUCUGAAUUCGUGCAGAAAUAUUUAGGAGAAGGACCAAGAAUGGUCAGAGAUGUCUUCCGUUUAGCUAAAGAAAAUUCUCCUGCUAUUAUUUUUGUUGAUGAGAUUGAUGCUAUUGCUACGAAAAGAUUUGACGCACAAACUGGAGCUGAUCGUGAAGUACAGCGUAUUCUUUUGGAAUUACUUAAUCAAAUGGAUGGUUUUGAUCAAACUACUAAUGUGAAAGUUAUAAUGGCUACUAAUAGAGCUGACACUUUAGAUCCAGCGUUGUUGCGACCUGGUAGAUUAGAUCGUAAGAUUGAAUUUCCUUUACCCGAUCGUCGACAAAAACGUUUGAUAUUUUCAACAAUAACAGCAAAAAUGAAUUUAAGCGAAGAAGUUGAUCUUGAAGAUUAUGUGGCUCGACCUGAUAGAAUUUCAGGUGCUGAUAUAAAUGCCAUUUGCCAAGAAGCUGGUAUGCACGCGGUUCGAGAAAAUCGUUAUAUAGUAUUGGCAAAGGACUUUGAGAAGGGUUAUAAAAAUAAUAUUAAGAAAGAUGAAUCUGAGCAUGAAUUUUACAAGUAAUUUGAAAAGAUUUCAUCGCUAUUAUUUUAUGCUCAAAUUUAUGUAUCGUUCUAAAUAUAUCUAUGCAAAAUUA